GUUUAUACACAGGCGAUCCUCGGACUCAGCCAGUGGUGACUGAGGUGCCGAGCUGAGGACGUGACUCGAGGAAGCGCUGAAGACACGACUUUUGUUUCAGAGUGUAACAGUUUCGAUAAAGAGCAGGGUCUACUUGAUUUACUGGUUACUAAAGGAGAAACACUCUUGAGAACCUGGCUAAUCAUCCCUGUGGCCUUUGAAAAUAAUCGUGGUGAGAGAGUAAAGCGUUUUUAAAUACGGGCCACACAAUAAGGGGUGUGCGUGGGUGCAAGGCAGGUGGGGAUGGUGAGGAUGAUGGACCUGCCGGCGGAGGAGAGGCGGAGGGAACGCAGCUACGGAUCAUCACGGGAGUCCUUGAGGAGGCCCAUCACUCCUGACGAGGCAGGGAGGAAGCUGCAGGCGACGGUGGCCAUGAAGGAGGCGUGGGAGGAGAGCCGGCUGACCAGGUCCUCGCGUGCCCAGACUGAGGACAACGAUGGCUGCUGCUGCGACUCCUCCUGCUGCUGCUGCUGCUGCCCUACGGAAUGCAGAAUCUUCAUUAAGUACAUCGUGUGCCGGUCCUUGGGCUUGUUCCUGUACGUGAUGGACAUCGUGACGGACAUCACUGUAUCUGUGGCGGACUACCGGAAUGGGGACAUCACCUUCGCCGCCAUCAACCUGGGCCUGGUGUUCACGCCGGGCUUCCUGUACGUGAUGUUCGCCCUCACGGAGAUGCUCAGCAGCAACACGGGCAUCCUGGCGUGCUCCAAGGCGGUACUCUGGUUCCUCAGCUUCCCUAUCCUGCCCCUGUGGCCGAUCUGUAGAGACCUUCAGAAGAUCUACCACGGGUUCCUGGCGCUCUUCCCCUCCCGGCGGCAGGAACAAUUGGUUCACCUCAACAGGCCCACGCGCUCCUACCUCCUUAAGUUCCUAGAGGCGUUCACUGAGGCGGCCCCGCAAAUCCUCCUCCGCCUUUACAAGAUCUCUCUCAGACGCCAAGAGCUCCCCUUCUCAAAAAUCGAGACGAUGGAGGCGGUGCAGGUGUCCUUCUCCCUGCUGACACUCUCCUCCAAGGUCAUCUCCACGUACCAGAAGAGCGUCACCACCCAGCAGAUCAUUGAAGGCGAGCUGGAGGACAACGAAAAGUUCACGCUUCCUUGCUGCGUCCAGAUUCUGGCGUUCCUGUGGUGGACUUCGUUUCUGGUGGCGCGCUUCGAGGUGAUGGCACUGUUCGCUGGCUCCCUCCACGGAUGGCUCUUCCUGGUGAUCGCCGUGCACGUGAUGCUGGUGUUCCUCUUCCAGACCGUGGCCUCACACAAGCACGGCCUGAGGAAAGUGUUCAUUUAUUUGUUCACUGGCUUCGUCUUCAUCUUCGCCUACCUGGAGUUCAACAUGAAGUCUAGGAUCAAGGUGGCGACGUGGUUCCCCUACACAGUGUACACAGUCCUGGUCUUCAUCGAGAACUCCAUCAUGUUGGUGGUGUGGUUCUCGUCACAAAAAGCCUACACCUCCACCCUGCCGGAGGAGGAACAAGCCCUGUACGCCACUCACCGGGAGAGGCUCAUCUUCGUGCACUACGGCGCCUUCUGCUGCGGCCUCAUCAUGAUGAUCGCCACCUUCUGCUGCCCGGAGAGGAAACAAUCCGCCAAGGACAAAGAAGUGACUGAGGAGAUGCGUCACAUGUCCGUCGUCGCCUCCUGAUCGCCCUGUCAGCUAGGCAGUAGUUAAUGUUAUUGCAUUUUGUAAGGUAAUACCGAGACAGUCGUCAAUUAUUGUGAUGGGAAUGUGGUUAUAUUCCCCAUAGAGUCGGACCUAGGGUUGCCAUACGUCCGGAUUUUCCCGGACAUAUCAGGAAAUCAGAUAACGAAAUCUGCGUCAGGGGGGAUUUUUGAAAAUCCCUCAAAUGUCCGGAAUUUCACCUUCCAUCAUUACUAACUGUUAAAAAAAAAUCACAUUUAUUAAAUUUCCUUGGGUUGAAAUGAUGGGAGAGAGAGAGAGAGAGAGAGAGAGAGAGAGAGAGAGAGAGAGAGAGAGAGAGAGAGGGGUUCACCGAGUGGCAGCUGCUUCGGUUUGGUUUCGGUCAAGACUCUGAUGUGUAAGGGUCCUGUAUGAAGUCGGUGCUCGCAGCCUUCCCAACGCCGCCUCACUUGACGUUGCGCUCGCACCCCAGUCUUUCACCAGCUCUUAUGGGGGUCAGUUUGGAUUACUGUUUGCGGCCUUGUGACCUCGUCAUUACAACUAUUACUUGUUCUUGUCAAGAUGCCCAAACGAAAGUGUAAAUUCACUGUAGAGAUGCAGAACAAACUCCCGUGCUUCAAAAAAAAAAAAAAAAAAAAAAAAAUACAUGUCCAGUAUCAUAUCAGGACCAUAAUCAGGUGUUAGUGAAGGUGUCCGGAAUUUUGAUAGUUCAUAUAUGGCAACCCUACCAUAGACGCAUUUCCUUCUAGAUAUUUUCCCAUUUGAAUAUUUGCCCUCAUUAUGAUAGGAAAAUACUGUUGGCAAUGGUUUAACUUAAAUCAGGAUAAUGGUUGAAUAGGAAUGGGAUUUGAGGGGGGGGGCGGCGUGAUUGGAAGGAGAAAUGUCCAAAUGGGAACGUCAGGAGGGAAAAUUUUCUUCACUCAUUGUGAAGCCUUGUGGUAUGUGUUGCUUAGAGUCACACAAGUGAUAACGGCAGAAUAGUUUCUUGAACAUGAUGGGUAUUUUUGUCAUCAAUGUUUUGCAGAUUUAUUAAUGUUUUCUAUGUAUGCGUAAAUUAAUCAAUUAUGCCUCGCCUCUACUAGUUGUACAGUACUAGUAACCUUCAUGCUGUCAAAUUUCAAUAUAAAUUAUAAUAAAAGAAUAUUUUGUGAUAAAAAUAAAGUACAGAUGCAUCGCAAAAAAGUAA